AUGCUAUCUACCCGCCCUUGCAGCAGCCACGGCUUCGGCUUUCACGCCAUCAUUAAAAGAGCUGCCCUUGCCUCUUGUACCCAGCCCAAGACUCCUCCUGCCGUUACGGCCAGGUCGUACGGUCUCAGACCAGACACAGCACCCAGUACCAGAGCCCCAGGCCAACGACGUCCAAAGUUCAUCAACUCCACGGCGUCCCCAGACAGUAAACCGCAGCUUCUUUGGAACAACAGCCAACACACUACGUCCCGAGUAUCUGGCUCCCCGAACGGCACAAUGUAUACGGCAUCGUUCGCCUUCUUCGAGGCAAUAUGGGAGGCCGGCAUUACCCAUUGCUUCGUCAAUCUGGGCUCCGACCAUCCCAGCAUCAUCGAGGCCAUAGUCAAGGGGCAGCGGGAGAACAGAGAAAGCUUUCCACGUAUCAUCACGUGCCCUAACGAGAUGGUUGCCAUGUCCAUGGCGGACGGCUAUGCCCGACUGACGGGCAAGCCCCAAUGUGUGAUCGUGCACGUCGACGUCGGAACCCAAGGCUUGGGAGCCGCAGUGCACAAUGCAAGCACGGGGCGUGCGCCAGUGUUGGUGUUUGCCGGGCUAAGCCCCUUUACGCUCGAGGGCGAGAUGCGUGGAUCACGGACCGAGUAUAUCCACUGGAUACAGAACGUCCCGGAUCAGACACAGAUCGUCGGCCAGUAUUGCCGAUAUGCUGCUGAGAUCAAGACAGGCAAGAACAUCAAGCAGAUGGUGAACCGAGCGCUACAGUUCGCAACCAGCGGCCCCCAAGGACCCGUAUAUCUGGUAGGAGCGAGGGAGGUCAUGGAAGAAGAUAUCGAACCUUACUCGCUCGAGCAGGGUGACUGGAACUCGGUAGAACUUGGUGGGCUGACCCCGAAGGCAUCGAAAGCCAUUGCUGAAGCAUUGCUGGGCGCCGAGAACCCGUUGAUCGUUACGGGAUUCGCGGGUCGUAAUCAUAAGAUACCGGGCGCGCUGGUAGAGCUGGCGAACGCCGUCAAAGGCUUGCGAGUGCUGGACACCGGUGGCAGCGACAUGUGCUUCCCGGCAUCGCAUCCCAGCUGGCUUGGACUCCGGUUUGGCGUCGAGCCCAUCAUCGAACAGGCCGAUGUCAUUGUCGUGCUGGAUUGUGACGUGCCCUGGAUUCCAACGCAGUGCAAGCCGAGGAAGGAUGCGAAGAUCUUCCACGUCGAUGUCGACCCUCUCAAGCAGAUGAUGCCUCUGUUCUACGUGCCCGCCCAGCACCGCUACCGUGCUGACGCCCUCACCGCCGUGGAACAGCUGGCGUUUGAUGCCAAAAACAUGGCAGGGAGUGCCGACUCGGGGGUCAGCGCCAAGAAGUGGGAAGCACUAGAAGCCUCUCACAAAGAGCGCCUUGAUACGAUCGGAUCGAAGACGAAUCCUGCGGCGGAUGGCUCUUUCGGAGUUGGCUAUCUUUGCAAGUCGCUGCGCUCGCUGUGCCCGGAUGACACCAUAUGGGCCAUCGAGGCGGUGACGAAUACGGGAUUCGUGCAUGACAACAUCCAGCCCGAGCUACCCGGAUCGUGGAUCAACUGCGGUGGAGGUGGUUUGGGGUGGUCGGGCGGUGGUGCUUUGGGCAUCAAGCUCGCAACGGAUGUAGAGAGCGGCGGCAACGGUAAGUUUGUUGUACAGAUUGUCGGCGAUGGAACGUUCCUGUUCUCGGUUCCCGGCAGCGUGUACUGGAUAGCAAGGAGAUACAAGAUUCCAGUGUUGACCAUCAUACUCAACAAUAAAGGCUGGAACGCCCCACGAAAGUCGAUGCUCCUGGUUCACCCGGACGGCCUGGGCUCGACGGCGACGAACGAAGAGAUCAACAUCUCUUUCGAUCCGUUGCCCGACUAUGCGGGGAUUGCCAAAGCGGCUGCUGGAGGCGAUCUGUUCGCGGCACGGGUCGAGAAGACUGACACACUGGAGGCGACUGUCAAGGAGGCCAUCGAAGCUGUCCAGGGUGGACAGAGUGCAGUUCUAGACUGCAAGGUGACAUUUGGUUGCUAA